GGCACUCCAUAAGUGCCACGUACGCUUUUUGUAAUUUUUAAAUGCCUCGUCAACUAAUGGUCAUUGACAUUAAGAUAAACAACGGAUAAAGUGAGCUUUAAUUAAUAUUAUUACAACACUGAUCUAAAAAGUGCAAAAAUUAAAAAUAUCAGAUAACCUCUUAAUUUGGAUAAUAAAAGCAAGCAGGAAGAGUCCAGAUUGGUAUUGUUUUAAAAAAAGUGCAGUGGAUAUUAGUUUAAAAAAAUGAUGUCCAAGGUUUUUAUUUUUGUCAUUUGCUUAAGCGUAACAUUGGCAAAUGAAUCUGAGACAGUCAGCCAAUGUCCUACGUUUCAUGGUCUAGAGUUAAAAGCUGGAGAAUCUAAACCUGUCCCGGGAUCAUGUAACCUAGCAGUUUGCAACAACGAUGGAAGCGUUUACAUGAAAAUUUGCGCAACCAUCCAGGCCUUACCACCUUGUAAAUUAGUAGAUGGAGAUAAUACAAAGCUUUAUCCGGCCUGUUGUCCAAAAGCUUGGUGUCCACAAAGCUUUUGGGAUGAUAUUAAAAAAUUAACAAAUCCAUAAUUUAUUCCCAAAGAGAUCCACAUUUUUAUAAAUCACCUUGAAAAUGUCUCUUAAGAUUUUACAUAUUUUUAUGAAACAAUUGUAUAAAGCAAACACAAAUAAAAAUAAAGUAAACAAA